AACCAGAACCAUGCAGCCUGCCGCAGCGAAGUUUGACACAAGCAGCCUGCUGCUGGCUCUGAGUCGGUACACCUCAGCUGUCAGUGACAUGGAGAAGACCAUUCUCUUGCCGAGUCUGCUGCGAGAUGUGCCCUCUGAUGAUGUAUGGGACUGUGAAGCAACACAGACCUUUAGGGACCUGCAUGGGAGCUACCUGAUGCUCAAAGCCAUAAGAAACACAGUGGAGAGUAGCCCGGUUCCCCUCGAUGACCACAACAUCAACACAGCACUUAACAAGACCCUGGAGCCUCUCUUGGACACAGAUCCUGAAGUCCUCUUCCACUUCCACCUGAGGGGACUGUUUUCUGUGAUGAGUGACCUCACCAAGAAGACUCAGAGCCUUACUAAGAAAUACAAGGACAUCAUUGGAGUGGCAAAUUAGAAGCAUGAACGAUGUGCAGACCUCAAGCAACUCAUCUCAACUCAGUAAAAGUGAUGUACAUGCACAUCUCUAAAAUCUGAACUGUUUACAUCCAAUAACCCCGUAUUUCUAACUUAACAAAUAUGAAAUAAAUGUGCACU